UUUACGCGCAGGUUGAACGGACUCGGUCCGCUCAGAGACUCGGCAGAGGCAGCAGGGAACGUUUGAGGACACUUGACAGCUCCCAGAGACUGCUAUGACAUCUCGCAGGUGGUUCCACCCCAACAUCACCGGAAUCGAGGCGGAGCAGCUUCUGUUGACCCGCGGCGUCCACGGCAGCUUCCUGGCCCGGCCGAGCAAGAGCAACCCGGGGGACUUCACCCUCUCUGUCAGACGUAGCGAUGAGGUGACCCACAUCAAGAUUCAGAACUCAGGCGACUACUAUGACCUGUACGGAGGCGAGAAGUUUGCCACGCUGGCCGAGCUGGUCCAGUACUACACUGAGCAGCAGGAUCUCCUGCGAGAGAGGAACGGCCAUGUCAUCGAGCUCAAGUAUCCACUCAACUGCAAGGACCCCACCUCUGAGAGAUGGUACCAUGGACACCUCUUUGGACGAGAUGCAGAGAAGCUGCUCACAGACAAAGGCAAAGCCGGCAGCUUCCUGGUCCGGGAAAGCCAGAGCAAACCGGGAGACUUUGUCCUCUCAGUUCUCACCAAUGAGGAGAAACAUGAGAAUGUGGACCGCAAGACCAAGGUCACCCAUGUCAUGAUACGCUACCAGCAGGACGGCAAGUACGACGUUGGCGGCGGGGAGAGGUUUGACACCCUGGCUGACCUGGUGGAUCACUACAAGAAGAACCCCAUGGUGGAGAAAAGUGGCAUCGUGGUGCACCUCAAACAGCCCUUUAACGCCACCAGGAUAAACGCUGCCAACAUUGAGAACCGGGUACGAGAGCUCAACAAAGUCGCAGACAACUCUGAGAAACCCAAACAAGGAUUCUGGGAAGAAUUUGAGGUACUUCAGCAGCAAGAGUGCAAACUGCUGUAUCCCCGGAAAGAAGGCCAGAAGCCAGAAAACAAGAGUAAAAACAGAUACAAGAAUAUCCUCCCCUUCGACACAACGCGUGUUGAAAUCAGGGAGAUGGAUGCAGAUAUUCCUGGUUCAGACUACAUCAAUGCCAACUACAUCAGAAGCGUGCACGAAGAGGGGCGCCACGUGGAGGAGGGCAAAGUCUUCAUCGCCACCCAAGGGUGCUUACACAACACAGUCACUGACUUCUGGAAGAUGGUGUAUCAGGAGAACACGCAUGUCAUUGUCAUGACCACAAAGGAGAUGGAGCGAGGAAGGAAUAAAUGCGUCCGCUACUGGCCGGACCUCCACGGCAUGAAGGAGUUUGGAAAGGUGCUGGUGAGGAACGUGGACGAGCAGCCAGCUCAAGACUACAUCCUGAGGAAGCUGGAGGUGACACGUCUGGAUCGGAAGGAGCCUGUGAGGUACAUCUGGCACUAUCAGUACCUGAGCUGGCCGGACCACGGGGUGCCCAACGAGCCCGGCGGGGUCCUCUGGUUCCUGGAAGAGGUCAACCGCACCCAGAGCACCAUUCCAGACACUGGACCCAUUGUCGUCCACUGCAGUGCAGGCAUCGGCAGAACCGGCACCAUCAUCGUCAUCGACAUCCUUAUUGACAUUAUUAACCGCCAAGGUCUUGACUGUGACAUUGACAUCCCCAAGACCAUCCAGAGGGUCCGGCAGCAGAGAUCAGGCAUGGUGCAGACAGAAGCCCAGUACAAGUUCAUCUACAUGGCUGUGCAGCAGUACAUCGACACAGCUCAGAAGAGGCUGGAGGAGGAGCAGAGGAACAAGAUGGAGAGAGAAUAUUCCAACAUCAAAUAUCCCCAGAUGACAAACUCCAGGUUCAAACCCAACAUGGCGUCUUCUCGCUCUUCUUCUGUGAUGACAAAUGACGAUUCAUCGAGUGUGUACGAGAACAUAAACUUCAAAACCCCUCAGACGUCUUUCAGCAGCAACACCAGGAGGUAAAGCUGUUGCUGUGGACCUCCACUGCUCUGUCUGCCUCACUUUUCAGUGGUGGCGUUGCUUAGUCAGCAACUGAAAGUCUCUCUGGGGCGGAGGGAGUGGGGUGCUCCACACUGCCCUCCACAGGCGUGGACCUUGUCCUGGACUGAAGGUGCUGAGCUGACCCUCUGCUGCCGCCGUCCUGCUGGACCUCUCAGUCUGGAGUCAAGCCUUACCCUCCUGAGAGGGGAGGACUCCACAGCGUUGUGCCUUCACUCAGGGCCCUUGUCCUGUCUCCAUCCCCUUGUUCCUCCAACCUCUGCUCCAGCCUCUUCCUCCCUGACCAGAACAAGUGCCUUGUCUGCUAUCCAGCCUCCCUCAACCUGCUGUUGCAUCUCUGCUGUACCCUGGAGACCCAAGCUGACAUGAGAAUACCCAUGUUUUUCUUUGGAUGACGGAUGAUAACGGUGGCGUCUGCCCCAGCCUGAAAUGAACGGAGCUGUACGAGACCCAGGAAGAGGUCAAAGCUGUUCGCCGCUAAUCACCAGAAAUAACUCUGUCGGUUAUCCCUCUUUCUCUGUCUUUGCUGGCUGUCAUUCGAACUCGAACCUGGGGCUGUUGUUGGCGCGUCCUGCCCCUCCAGCUAUGGCGGGUAUUAGCGUGGCUGCUGCUGAGUUAUAGAAGAGCAGUUACGUAACCCGCUGCAGGGUCCUGAGGCACCAGAAGGCCGAGCAAGGCCUCCUUCUUCAAAGCUCAAGGUUCUUGUUUUCUGUUUUGUUUUCUGUCCUUUUAAUUAGCUUCUUCCUGUUACUUUUAUAGUGUUUUUGUUAAUGCUGUUGGUAUCAUGGUUGUGUAACGUAUGUGAUGUUUAUUUAAAUAUAUGCAUAUAUACACACAUAUGUAUGUAUAUAUAUGAGUGUGUGUGUGUGUGUGUGUGUGUGUGUGUGUGUGUGUGUAUACAUAUAUUGCUAAAGGAGCAUUGUAGUGAGGACAUAAUGUUUAACACAUACCGGUAUGUCAAAGCAGCAUCCCAGCAGUAACUUGGACUUAGAUGUUAAUAGUAAUUUAAAGCCCAUGUUUGAGAGGAUUCCUGAAUGGAUGGUUGGAGUUAAGCCUGACCGACCGGCGUCCCUCCGUUGGUUCGACGGGCUGUCAUGUUAAUCAGCAGGUCUGAUGUGGUUCAACAUCUGUCAGAGGAGAUCGCCACAAGGAGACAAAGGAAAGGGGGCGAUUACAGUGGGCCAGAUGGCCAUCCGCCUGAGAUUGAAGAAUAGAUUUGUCUCCAAAAAGUAAUUUAGAAGAUGGCCGUAAUCCAGGCUUGAUGAUAGUAAGCCAACGUCAUUGAUGUGAUAAAGACGACGGUGGGGCUGUGGCACACUGAGCCCUCUGCGCUGUCUGCCAGAUUGGAGGCUAUUUUUAGCCUUCAGAACAAGUACCAAAAUAUCCUGCACUCCAGUACGAGUGUAGACAUGUUGGUGCAGUCUGACCUCGCUCUGUGGAAAUGUAAUGGUCCUGAAAACAUUUGUAGAAAACAACGAGAAGAUGUCACGCUGAUGUGUCGUCUGCCUGUUUGUAGUUUCAGAGGUCCCGUGUGUCCAUUAAAGAGUCGGAGAGUAAAUGAUGUAAACGCCAGCAGAGUUCAGGUUGGACUGAAGCACAGCAGGGAACAUGAAGAUACUCAAUCAGCCCUUUUGUACUGAUUUCAAAGAACCGUUUUAAUUUUGCACCAUCUCUUAUUAUGUCUCAGACCUGUGGCCAUUUGAUCAAAGCUAAUGGUUAGCCACAUCCACAGAGCACAAUGCUAACAGUGAGGUUUCCCUACUGUUGUGGGGACAUUGCCAUCAAUAAUAAUCAAAUGGGAGUCCAGUUUCUCAGAUGCUUGCAGUGCAUGAGGACUCUUGUGUUCACUCUUGCAGCCAGCAGCAGAACCUUUGAUGAGCUCUGCUGCUGGCUGAGAGGUUUUAGCAUUAGCACGAUGAGCUCUAGAUGAAGAAUAAACCUGCUGGACUGUGAGGCUCAGCUGGAGGCAGGAUUAUUGUCGUCAUAUAAACUGGAUAAAACGUUAGCCGUCUACUUUAGGGGGGACUAGAGGAAAACCAGUCAAAUUUCGAAGAAAUGCAAAACGCAAUGAGAAUGGAUUUACGCCAUGUGGGACUUUUAACACGUCAACACAAACAAUGCAUGAGUGGCACUUGUUUGUGUUCCUGUCACUAACUAGGUCAAGGACACGUGCAGGCUGGACUCACCUUGUUCCCUUCGGUCAUAAAUGAGCCGGUUCCUGCAGCUGCGUGGUUCUUAGACACCAAGUGAAGCCGUACAGAAGUAACAGCGCUCAGUGAAAUAACCUUAAAUAAAUAAAACCAUCUUCUGAAUGUAACCUACAGCAGCCGGACCAUCCUGUCGGGCACCUUGGUUGUGUUUUUUUAAUCAAACGUUCAUUCUGUCUCCUGAUUUCAGUCACUCGUCUUUAGUUUUUUUUCCAGUAUAAUUCGCUGCCAUGUGUUCUGUUUUAUUGUUUCUCUGCUCUGUGAGAUGAAUGACGUCGCUGCCAUGUCUGGUCUGCCCGCUGUGAACAGGCGGCACCACGUUCGGCCGAAUCGGAGCGUUGAGUGUGUUUAAAUCUUCCUUUUGUCAUUUUUUUUUCUUUCUGAACUGUGAUAUUUGCCCAAUGAAUGAAAACACAACUUGUGGAUUUUAUUUCCUUGUUCCUGAAUUAGCGUAACUGAGACACAGUUGUUCGUUAUCAUUGUUUUUCACUUUGCCUCUGCUCGUUAAUGAUUUGGUGAAACAUGAGUACUUGAACGUGUGAAACUGCUGAACCUUUGGCCUCAGGCUGCGUGGACGUCCGUGGAUUCUUUUGGGUAGUGCACUAGAUUUUCAGUGUUUUUAUGUUUCAGAUUAUUUACUUCUAAUUGAUUGUUUUAUUUCGUCUUGUACCUGAGGUCUUGUUUUCUAUCAGUGUGAUUCGAGCGUCGGUAAUUAAACUCUGGCUCUGAGCUGAACCCGCGUACGUGGAGGUACGCAGGCGUAACGGUCAUUUCUUUCUGCUUGUCCUCUCACGUUUACUUGAACAUAAUUUCCCUUCCUUCUGUUCCCUCUGCUGGCGGCAGCAAGGCUGAUGUGUGUCGUGGUAAACGUAGAGCUCCCAUGUGGUUCAGUGGAGAUUCUUCCCCUUUUUGCUCUUCUUCUUCUUGCACUGACUCCACCCAGACGCCUUUCUGCUGCAACUGUUGAUGCAAUGAGCUGCCAGAAAUGGCAUCAAAAUGGUUUAUUAUCAUAUAGUUUAAUAAAAAUCUAUGAUGGCACUGUA